AAUAUAUUCUGCGUUACUAUAGUAACUACCAAGUAUGUACGUUUAAUUGAUAUCUAUUUAUCUUUUGUGAAAGUAGAAUUCUACUAAACAGACAGUGAAGAAUAGACGAAAAUAUAUCAGGGGUUGUAUAUUUUUCUUACUAUAAUUCUCAUCAUUGUGCCAGAGUCAAAAAGUGUUAUUAAGUAUGUUUUAACGAGUGGAAAUAAAGUGUUGAAUAUUAACUGAACAUUAAUUUUCACGUAUAUGCUAGAUCUGUAUUUCUGCCCUUUUCUCUCUAUAAUUUUGCUAUUAUUUAUUAUAUACGAUGAAUACGGAGUACGCUUAUACAAGGAAAAGAAUGCAUUUCGGGAAGAAAUGCAGUUUUACUGACUUCGACAAGACCGAGGUGGAGGUCAAGUCAAAUCCGGCAUUGAUGAACAAUUACGUAAGAAUGGAUCCCGUUACGCAUGCUACGCAAUUUGGUAAAGUUUAUGCAGUCCACGAGGUAAAUACGACUACCGCGACAUAUAAAGACAACAAGAUGUUUCAUUACGAGGGCGGUUGGCCGAAGGAUAUAAACAUGAAGGAUUUAGAACAAACGGUCAGAUAUAGACGCAAGAUCGAGAAGGAUGAGCUGUAUAUUCACACGAUGCUGCAAUUGCUACCCUCGAUGGAGCACUGCAUUUUGCAGAACAAUGCUUGCAAUAUCUACGAACAGUACUUUGCCGAUGUAGAAGCAAACCCGCUGAUACAGAGAGCUUUCUCGCGCACAGUAAAUGUGUACCGUGAUCCUUUAACGUCAAAACGACAGAUCACUCAUCUAUCAUGGUCACCGGAUCAAGGUAAUCGUUUCGCGGCCAGUUAUUACAAUGACAAUUUCAAAAAGAGCUCCAGCAGCAAUUAUGCAUCGUACAUCUGGGAAGUAGAGAAUCCAAACAAUCCAUAUAUGAUGUUGAAACCGUUUUGUCCAAUUCUGACAUUGGAGUACAAUAUCAAAGAUAACAAUGUUUUGGUAAGCGGUCUAGCGACCGGACAGGUAGCCUGCUGGGACAUCAGACGAGGAUCGGAAGCGGUGGACAUCAGCUCGGUGGAAUUCAGCCAUCGGGAUUCCUGUGACAAGACCUUGUGGAUCAAUUCCAAGACCGGUACCGAGUUCUUUAGCGCUUCAAAAGACGGACAGAUAAAGUGGUGGGAUACCAGGAAAAUGCAGAUUCCGACAGAAACAUUGGUGAUAGACCUGCUGAAACCGGAAGAUCAGAAUGUAGACAAGGCGAUUGGCAUUUCGGCUCUUCAAUUCGAACCAUCAAUUGGCACGCGUUUCAUGUGCGGUUUGGAAAAUGGUAUUGUGAUAUCGGGUAAUCGAAAAGGUAAAACUUCUGGCGAGAAGAUCGCGUCGAGAUUCAAGGCGCAAUACGGGCCAGUUAUAAGUCUGGAGAGAAAUCCCACAUUUGUGAAGAACUUUUUGACGGUUGGCGACUGGACCUCAAGGAUUUGGUCAGAGGAUUGUAGAGAAUCCUGCAUAGCGUGGACACCCGGUCACCGAGAUUUUUUAACUGGCGGCGCGUGGAGUGCCACACGUUAUUCCGUCUAUUAUUUGAUCAAAACCGACGGCACUUUAGAUGUGUGGGAUUUUCUAAUUCAACAGGACAGCCCAGUUCUUAGUGUAAAGGUCUGCGACGAGAGUUUGACAUGUUUACGGCCACAUGAACAAGGGCAGCUGGCUGCGGUCGCGAACAAAAAGGGUUCGACCUAUUUGCUCGAAUUUUCCGAAGCUUUAACGGUCAAUCAAAAGAACGACAAAUUGCUAUUAACCGCGCUUCUAGAUCGUGAGACGCGUAGAGAGAAAGUGAUAGAAGCGAAAAACAGAGAGCAACGAUUGAAGAUGAAAACUUUAAAGAUGCACGACGAAUCGGAUUUUAUCGAUACUUCCUCGAAAUCGGAUGAACGGGAAGACGUUAAAGAAUCUUCGAACAGUUUGAGGAAUACGCUGAUAACACAAUGCGAACAAGAGUACGAAAACAUAAUUAACACGGCAUUAACAAGUGGAGCUCUAGUAUGUACGAUGGAGUGCCAUAUAAAGACGAAAGUUUAUAUGCUUUCUUCAAUCGAAAUUCAAGUCGCUUAAUAAACUUGACAAGAUUCCAUUUUAUUGCGAAUAUGAAGAUCUCGUGAGACUUGCUCGGAAAUAGAAGGAUUGCACCAAGAUCCGCAAGA